CAAAAUCCCCAGUUCGAUAUCCCAAAUGUCAAAAUCGUAAAUAUUUUGUCGGGAGUUCGUGAUGAAAUUUAUAACAGCCAUUACAAAAUAAUCUUAUCUGAAACGGCAUUUCGUUUUACAGUUACGGACUAUUUACUAAUAAGAAUAUUUUCGUUUUUGUGUGCAUGACAUUUCAUAUUCGAUGUGUGAGAAAUCAGUUUAAUUUGUUCAGUUGCACGAAAUCUUUGUGUUUUACGUCAUAUUAAAUAAUUUGGCUGGCUUCCCCUGUUUGUUUUCUUUUGUUGACUCAUAAUAGUUUGAGACUUUGCGUUGGCAGCAAACAACCAAAGUGACCUUGAAGGAAUAAACAGCUGUUACAAUAAUGGAUUCGUUCUUCAGUCUCUUCGACCCCAGCGAUGGACAGAGCAAGCCGGAAAAGAAGAAAAGGCAGAAACCGGACCAAGAUACUGUUAAGAAAAAAACUGACGCGCCAAAAGGACGGCGUAGAGGUCGCAAGUCGAACAAUAAGAACGAGACUUUGCCAGAAGAGUCUUCUUUCCUCUGCGAGCCGGAGCUUGGCACUGAGAUGCUCGUGAAAGAUGUGAGCUACAUCGAGAACUUCAUAGAAAUUAAUAAAAGGGAGGAUGAUCAAAAACAAGACGACAAAAAGGCGAAACGUCGCUGUGCAGCGCGGAAGACGCGUAGGAAAAAGUACAAAUCAAAAGACAACAGGCCCGAAGACCUGAAUAACCAGAAGAACACGAAAAAGAUCAAUGAUGAUAGCGUAGGGAAGAAUGUUAACGACUUGAAAAGUCAAAGGUUUGACGAAGACUUCAAUACAGUGUACAAUGUGAUAGAUAAAUUGGAAAAAGUCAGUCUCAAAGAUGACAGGUUUUUGGCGGGAGAUGUUACCGCUGACGAUUUGGAGAACGAUUUCUUCUAUUGCAGCGAUGAUGAUGAAGAAUAUGUGGAGUAUUCGACAUCAGAGCCCGAAGAAGAUUCGGGAGACGAGAGCUACGGCAGUUUACCUCCAGAGCCAAGGUUCGGGAACGUGGAGUACAAACUGCAGCUCGUGCCGCUGUGCGAGAGGAGGUUCCAGCAUCUAGUCACGCAGUUGAAGUGGCGGCUGUCGUCCGGCGGCGGCAGCUGCGUGUACGUGGUCGGCGUCCGCGACUGCGGCGCGCUCGUCGGCCUGCGCGCCCGCCAGCUGCGCGCGUCGCUGCACGCGCUGCGCCGCAUGGCCGCCGCGCUCGGCGCCACGCUCGUGCACGUCGCCGCCAGGCGCGUCACGCACCAACGCGCCGUCGCCGAGGUCUACAUCAGGAAGUUGGCAGACCCGCAACAGAGCGUAGAGCUGAGGGUAGCCGUGAUGGGCGCUAACGAGGCUGGCAAGUCCACGCUCAUAGGAGUUCUCACACAAGGGGAGCUGGACAACGGCCGCGGCAGCGCCCGGCUGAACAUGUUCCGGCACCUGCACGAGGUGAAGAGCGGCAGGACGUCCUCGCUCAGCCACGAGAUACUCGGCUUCGACGCGCAGGGUAACGUGGUGAACUACGGCUGUUCGGAGCUGAUGACGGCGGAGCGUAUCGGCGAGCGUAGUGCGAAGCUCGUCUCGUUCCUGGACCUCGCCGGACACACCAAGUACCAGCGGACCACACUCCACGGCCUGACGGGCUACUCGCCGCACUAUGCGAUGCUCGUAAUCUCUGCGACGGCGGGCGUGACGCGCAUCACGGAGGAGCACACGAGCCUGCUGCUGGCGCUGGACCUGCCGUUCUUCGCCGUCAUCACCAAGUGUGAGCUGGCGCCCGGCGCCGUGCCCGCGCUGCGCGACCGCCUCGCCGCGCUGCUGGAGUCAAGUCGGAAGAAACCAGUGCUAAUAACGGAUGAGAACGCGGCCCGCAGUUGCGUCGCGCCGCAGAGGCUGAUCCUGGACUCUCUGAACCAAGACGGAGAGAAGGAGGAGGAGGAGUGCACGGAGCAGGUGCCGGUGUUCCCGGUGAGCUGCGUGCGCGGGAACGGACUCAACGCGCUGCACGCCUACCUGCUCGCCAUCCCGCCGCCGCAGCACCACGCGCCGCCCGCCGCCGACGAGGAGACGUGCGAGUUCCAGAUAGAUGAGAUCUUCCACGUGGGCGAGUCGAGUGGGCCUGUGGUGGGCGGGCUCGUGGUCAAGGGACAGAUACGUGAGGGAGACCAGCUGAUUAUGGGUCCGCUGGAGGACGGUUCGUUCAGCUCGACGGUGGUCCGCAGCGUGCACCGCAACCGCGCGGCGUGUCGCGCCGCCCGCGCCGGCCACUGCUGCUCCGUGGGGCUGGCGGCGGGCGCGCCGCGCCCCGGCAUGGUGCUGCUCGCGCCGCGCGCCGCCGCGCCGCCGCGACUCUACGGCGCCUGCGCGCACCGCUGCCUCACCAGGAAGAAACUGGAAGCUGACAAACAGUCCCAGGUGAACGAGAACACCUCGCCGCCAGAGAAGGUGGGGCUUAAUAGCCUCACGCCGGAGCCCGAGCGCGCCGACGAGGAGUGCAUAUGCCCAGACAGAGUGUACCUCGAGGAGCCAGGGAACCCUAGAGGAUGUCUGUUCUUCCAGGCGUCGGUGCACCUCCUGCGUCACUCCACGGCGAUAUAUCCCGGGUUCCAGUGCGUGGUGCACGUGGGGAAUGUGCGGCAGACGGCUAUUAUAGAGGGUAUAAUGUGCCGCAAUGGUGUAGUGCGUGCAGGCGAAAACGCAUCCGUGGUGUUCAGGUUUGUGCGCUGCCCGGAGUACCUCGUCUCUGGCAGGAGGAUGCUCUUCACGGCCGGACUCGGCACCAGAGCCGUGGGUCGCAUCACGCAAACCUUCCCACACAUACCCUGAACCAGUGCAUCGUCAGUAAAUCACCAACACCGCCCGCGCAUGCGCGAGUAUUCAACGGAUCACCUCACAAUGUAUAAAUAAGUACACUUAUUCGUGACAUUAUUGUAGGAUAUUUCUAUCCACCCGGAUAUCAACAAGUUACGUGUAAUAACUGACAGGGGAUCCGGGAUCAGCCUGUGUAUAUCCGACAGGCCGGCAUAAUUGUGUCAACUGUCAGGGGUAAUCAUCUCUCGUUAGUCGACUUUCUAUAGGACCUUACUUUUACUAUCAGGUGCAGUGCUGUGCGCGUAUAAAAAAGGUUUAGUAAGGUAUUCGUUAAUGAAAUAUCGUUUACAAGGUGUUACACGAUAAUGGUCCGUGUGUGUGUUCCUGGAUAUAUUAGAAUAGGUGUUGUGUCGACUGUGGAAUAAUCUCUCAGUUGAUACUCUUCCUGGAUCCCACUUAUCAUCAGUGGGGACGCUUUGCAAGUAAAAAUAAUUAACAUUAUGAAAAUUGACGGACUUUCAUAUUUAGUAAUAAUAGAUACAAUUUGAUGUUUUGCCUGAUAAUUUGUAGGGGUAAGUUCGGAUAAUGGGGUAAGACAAUGUUUUAAUUGUUUUUCCGUAACUAAAAGUUCUGUGGCUCAGUAGAAGUACGUUACGAAACAUCGGAUUUAUCGGUCAAUAAGAUUGGAUUUACCCCGUGAUCCGAAGUUACCCCCACACAAUUUAGCGUUUCCAAGAAAUUUUGUGUUCUAGAUUUGAUAUUCUGUCUCUCUCUGUCACCUGACGUUUAUUGAGCGGGAGUGAGACAAAAUACUGUGUAACCAUGACAGUAUCAAUAAAACGGGGUCAAUAGGGAUAAAGAAUUAUUAUACAACCUGACCAGGAAUAUAAAAAAACCACGCCAUUUUGAUAAAACUAUUAACUAAUUACCAACCCAAUGGCACACACCUCUGACUUCUCUAAAAAAAAUCUGUGUGUAUUCUUUGUGAAUUAUCGCUUGCUUUAACGGUGAAGGGAAACAUCGUGAGGAAAUAUGAAAUCGUGAAAUAGAUAAUUUUCUAUAAAAAUGUUUUGUUCCUAUUCGCCCCGUUUUAAUAUUGUGACGCUUUAAAUGUAUUCGUUUGAAAUGUUUUUGUGUUUUAGUAUGAUCUGAAAUUAACUUUGACAACCUUAAAAAAGUAGUUGACACUAGUUCACGCUUAUAUUCCUAAAGAGAAGGUAGAAGCUUAUAGGCUAACCCGAAAAAUAAAAAACAAUGUAAAAUAUGGAA